AUGGCAUCAUCUGAAGAGGAAAGUCCAAUAAUCGACAUUUCCAAAUAUUACGACUCCAUCUGUUAUGCAAACAUUCUCAAGGAAAGCAAGAAUGAGAAACUUGGUCUAGUGGUGAAACGUUCCAGCGCUUGGGAUACCUUAUAUAUAUCACGCAUCAAGGAUACUAGCAAGUUUGCGGAUUCCAAGCUUGAGGUUGGAAUGGUCAUCUUAACCAUCAACCGCACAAAAUGUCCCAAAACAGUCAAGGCGUUUCAAAAGCUAAUGAAGGAGACAACAGAAGGUGAUUUGACAAUCAUGGCAGCAACCAUUAGCAAAGAGAUUGACAUCACAAAACGACCACGAGGAUCAUCAGCCGGAAUCAUGAGUGGUGAGGCCAUCAAGCUGUUGCCGCUCUCGGGCAUCAUCUCCUGCUAUGUUGCCAUUGUGGCUCUGAUUCUUGUCGGCUUUAAUCAUGGGACAUUUCAAUAUCAAGGCCCCGCCCAGUCGUCCAGCGACUACAGGCCAGUCCUCUUUGUAGCUGGUGCCGUCCUGUCACUAUUGUAUGCCUACUACUGGCUGCAAAGUUACACUACCUUCUCGGAAUAUUUCCGCCUCAAGAAGGAAGCCAAGCUCGAGACUAAUUUGAAUAGAUCUCCUCCCUCUCUUCCCGAAUUGAAAUAUGGCAAGACUGAUAAUCCAGCCAUUCGCUGUGCGGAUCGAUGCGCCGGGAAUCUACAUGAGCAGCUGAUUCCAUUUUUCAUGAGCAUGUUUGCAUAUGCGACCUUUGUAGACGCUGGGGGCGCCGCUAGAAUCGGCUGGGCAUGGUUCGUCUUUCGAUCUUACUACUCUUAUGCCUUUAAACGAUUCCCAUUGCUAUUUGCGUCGACACUGCCGGCCUAUUGCUGUGUAUGGUACAUGAUGGGGAUGGCUAUCUAUUCAGCGGCAACAUCAGCCUAG